CGGUUGAUAGUCAACAGGAAAUUUUCAAACAGGUUACAUUAUAUUGUAAAAGCCAAAGCAGGGGAUCUGAAUGACUGGUUAACAGCAUUUUCAUUAUAAUGACGACUGUGGAAGUUACGACCACAGCAACCUCCAAUGAGCCUCGUCUCUUGUCACUGAGGGUUACACCAGAACAGGAGAUUGCAAUUUAUGCGUUCUUUCAAAUAAAUGGAUGGACCAUCAUCACAGAAGAGGUUCCCCGUAAUUGUGAAACAUGUCAAAGAUCGAUUAAUGGUGAUGGAACAGACCCCCCACGAUGUCAGAUGUGUCAGCGUGUACUGGACAACAAUGAGGAAGACGCUGUGGAAGGAACAGAUGUUCAGACCUCCCUUGUCCAGCCAACCAUAAUCCAGUACCAGCAACAGGGAGGUCGCAAGGUCGUAGUUGUGGGCAACACAAUGACAAUGGCACCUCAGACAACAAAGCCAACCAACAUCAUCAAACAACAGGGCCCGAAUCCAGUUCAUGUAAAUGUCAUCCCUGCCAAAGGGGAAGCCAAACCCCUUCAGAUUAAUCUGGUCCCUCAAACAGAUAAGGUAGUAGAUCCCCAGCCAAAGAUCUACAACAUAAACAACAGUGCAGACAACCGCCCAUAUCGUUGUGAUGACUGUGGCAAACAUUUUCGGAAGAAGUCUCAUGUUGUGGCUCACAUGAAGUUUCACAGCGGUGAGGCUCUGCCAAAAUGUGAGGUUUGUGGUAAAGAGUUCCUGUACAAACAUAACCUGAUAUCCCAUGCCAGCAUACACUCAGGUGCAAGACCUUUUCAGUGUACCAUGUGUCCCAAGAAUUUCCGUCGCAAGGAUGACCUGCAAGUGCACACCAGGACCCACACAGGGGAGAGACCAUACAAAUGUGAUGUGUGUGGCAAGUGCUUCACAACACAGAACCAGCUACCAAAGCAUCGUCGCACACAUACAGGAGAAAAGCCUUAUGAAUGUUCUCAAUGCCAGAAAUGUUUCCGUACUAAACCUCAUUUGGAGAAGCACAUGCGUACACACAGUGGAGAGCGACCCUACAAAUGUGAAGAGUGUGGUCGUGCAUUUACACAAAAUGCUCACUUGAUGGCCCAUCUAAGGAUACACUCAGGGGAGAAGCCAUUUGAGUGUGAUAUCUGUAACAAGAGUUUCAAGGAGGCCAAGACGCUGAGGAAACACAAAGACAUCCACAUCAAAGGAAUGCCAUACACCUGUAAAAUCUGUGACAAAGGAUUUUUAAGAGCCCAGAACCUUGAAGUGCACAUGUGCGUCCAUUCAGAGGACGAACCGAAGUACAAACGUAAGAUCAGAGAGAAGCGGGAGUUGAUGGAACGUCUGAGAAAAGAGCAACAGGAAAAGGAGGAGGAAGAGGUACUACAGAAGAGCAUGACAGCAGAGGAGAUAGAACAAUCAUCUAGUGGUGUAGUGAUUGUUGAUGAGAACGGACAGACUAUUCGUGUGAUUGAGAAUGGGGACAUGGCAACAACUGAGGUAUCUCACGGGGAUAAGGAAGCUGGUCAGGACAACAUUUCUAACUCCAUUGCCAACAGUCUACUCACUCUGGUGGAGAUGAUCACCAACGCUGACCAGGGCAGCAACACACCAGUAACCAUGGCAUCCAGUGAGGAAAAAGUAGCGGGGCUGAAAGCCGAACAAACAGUGGAGAUAUCUGAGGUUGAGGAAACACUUCAGCAAGUUGAAACUAUGGAGAGCGAUGCUUCUAACAACUUGGCAAGUUCGCAAGAGAAAACUAUACUAAUCCCUGCUUCUCAGAGUGAACAGGCCAACAUUGAUAACAUUACACACGUCGUCUCCAGUAACUCUGAUAACAUCGUGGAGAUAACCGAGGAAGAACAACCUACCAUUAUAGGAAAUCUACAACAUGUCGUCCCAGGUCUGAGGAUAGGAGGCGGGGACAGUAGCAUAGGGAUGAUUGACACAUCCCAGGUAGCAUUACAAGAGGGCAUGGUGAUAACUGAAGUUUCGCAGGAUGGCACUACAGAGCAAAUUGUAGAACACCUACCACAGCAGUUCUCUGUAGAUGGGGAGACAUUUGUUAUGGAGGUCCAGUAUGUGGAUGAUGCUGAGACUGUGCAGGAGUAGGUGCUUUGACUGUAGAGACAAAUGUCAUGAUCGGUGAUGCACCAGUAUAUAUAUGUAUGACGAUAUAUUUGGAUAUAUCACCAGCUUUCUAAUGUUCAUUUUUGUUGAGAUAAGUAACUCUAGAUGGGUCAAAAUACUGUUGUGCAGAAGCAGGUUUUGGCGGAGCUUCAGAACCUGUGUCCUCUACAUCCCCUGAAAGUAAAUGAGACAUUUUUGGCUUUUGAACUGAUACUGAAUUUCAGUGUAUAAUACAUUGGGUAUACACAUCUAAGGAUAAAUGUUUGUUAUAUUUCUAAUUAUUUAGUUAGUCAUCCUUUUCAGAUAAGGCAAAAAUUCAAGACAAGACAACAUUGAGUUUGAAUAUUAAUAGGAAGAAGUCAUGCAUAUACAAUGUAUAUUAUAUAAUACAUUGAAAUGAAAAUUAAUUUCACUUGCUAAUAAUUAAAAUCAAAACUGACCUUUAUGUAUUCAUACAUAACAACGUUUUGCACUGAUGCAUGCUAGACUUUUAACAAGUUGUAUAUAUUUUGUGGUUAGUCAAACGUAUGUUCUGUUUUAUCAGUUCCACUAAUCUAUGUGUUUAAGCAAAAAGUCUAUGAUUAUAUAUAGAUAAUACUGAUAGGUAUAAUAUUUAAAUCAUUGAUCAGACUCCAUUGUUUUAGGAAACUAAAAUUCAUCUUUCCGAUGCACUUAGUUAUAGAUUAAGGAUAUUGAUGUGAUGACGUAAUUAAGACCUCCACCUGUUCUGAAGAACCUCUGAAGAGGUAUAAAUGCUAAGGAAUUUUUAAUUAUUUGUUCAUUUUAAUUGUAAUAUGUUUAGUCAGUGUCAAAACUUAAAAAUAAGAUAGGCAAUCCUAUGCAGAAUAGAAAGAGAAUAGGAAAAAUUGAGAGUCCAGUUUCUGUUUGAAGGUCUCAGGUCCAGUUAAGCUUGGUCUUCUCCAGGAUAAUCCCUGUAUAUAUAUAUACUAUACAGACAGGCAGUGAUGUUUGGUCCUGGAAGAUAGUCCUUGAAUAUGAAGAUGUAUACAUGGGAUUAUUCUCACUGAUCAUAUCAACCUGACUUAGAUUGUUAUAUACAGUAUAUUGUAUAUCAAAUAAUAUUCAUAUCCAACAUUCCAUUCAUUACUGAGAUCUUUUUUUGCACAUAUUUCUUACAUGUUGCAUGCCGUUUCAAAAGUUUUAUGAACAGUAUAAAAUGGCAUUGACUCGGUCAAUCAAAAUCAUUUGUGAUCAUUUUACCAUGGUAUAUGGUCAUCCAUUGUCCAGGAACAUUUUACAGUGUAUCUGUAUAUAUACAAAAUGCAAAUGGACACAUGAGAAAUAUUAUUAUAACAAAUAGCAUGGCCCUGAAACUCCCUCAGGGUGGUAAAUACACAUUGAAUAGAAGUUUUUAUAUCACAAACUGUCAGAAAAUUUGUGUGACGUUUUGGUUACUAAACUGGUAAUGUAAUUACAGAACUUUACUCUUGUAGUAUCAUCAUAUGUCUGUUCAGGUGGAAAGUAUUGUGACAUGAUAGUGAAGAGAUUAUUGUACAUGUUAUGUAGUGAAAACAAGUUAAACUUUAAUACAUACAAUAGAUGGUAACAAUGUAUAUGAAAGUCAAUCUCAUACACAUACCAUGGUAUUACUUAUUAUGAAGUUAUUGUUUUUGUGUUGAUUUACAAAAGUUUGAAGGUAGAUUUGCAUCAAUAGAUAUAGACUAUACUGUUACAAGUAUCUGUUAAAAUAGUUGCUGUUCAAUCAACACAAAAUUCUACUGGUGAUCACAGUAACAUAGUCAUUCCAAGUCCGAGGCCACAUCUUGUUUAUAUCUCACCUGUCUGAGGUGUUUUCUCUGAUUGUUUGCGUUCACAUUUACCUGUAUUUCUUCUGUGGCAGAAUUGAUUUGAUAUAAAAAAUCUGAUUGUAUUGAGCUAGAUAUUUAUCUGCCUUAUUUUAUAAUGACUUAUGUAUGAUAUAGUACAUAGGGUCGAACAGUUGGAAAAAUAUGUCAACAAAAAAACUCUGUCCCAAUAUGGCCCGGUCCACUCAUCAAUGUACAGCACAAUACUUUAGUGUAUGGUGAACCUUGCUACAGUAUUGUUGUGUAUGGUGAACCUUGUUACAAUAAUGUUGUGUAUGGUGAACAACCUUUUCAAGAUGUUUCCUGUUUGAUAUUUUUUGUUAGUUUUGUAAAUAUUGACAUGUAAUUAUUGUCAUUGCUACCUUUUUUUGAAAAUACUGUAAUUUUUCAAGUUA